ACCAGCAACAAGAAUCCUUUAAAAUCCUGUUCAGUUCUACAGGUUUGUCUGUUUUCAGGAUAUGAUGAGCAGUUUUCACAAAUGUUUUUAUGGGUUUUUGGCUCCUGAUGUUUUUUCAUUUUGACCAUACAUUCAUCUGCUUCCACAUACAUUUGUAUGUUCCUACAGUUUCCCUGCAAACUAUUUUGGUGCCAUGAAAACAACUGAAAAGUUCUACCAGGCCUGGUUUCUUUCUACAUAUCUUCAUAUCCAUCAGUGGCAGAGAGCUCAGAUAUUCUCAGCUGAAUGAAAUGAAGAAAACCUUGAUUAUGAUGUACAUUUCUGUCAGGUGAUAAAAGGUGAACUGCAGCAGAGUGAGACGACAUGACAGAGACAGAGCGAUUAGAUUUCCCAUCACAGGUCAUCACAGCUCAGCAUUAGUGGCUAACCAGAGACAAACUGUUGCAGCAGAAAACAGAACUAAAAACCACUCAGUGAAAACUUCCCUCAGUCUUUAUGUACGAUCACAGACGAACUUUAUUCUUUGUUCAGGAUGAACAGAAAAACACAGCAGCCGACUGUUAGGUUCAAAAAUCCCAAUGUUUCUUCAGCUGAAGAGAAACCUGAGGAAGCUGACUAUGUUAAUGCAGCAGUGUGCUCUGUGGAAGGUGGUAAAUGUGAAGAUAAGAAGUCUCCCUCCUUCACUCAGUCUGUUCCAACAGUAGCAGGGUGUUGGCUCAUACUGUUGGUGAUUGUGGCCCUUCGAAUCUACUUUACCUCGGUCAUUUCUGCAAACAACACCAAGCUGACUGCAAAAAACCAGGAGCUGGAGACAGAGAAGAACAACUUAACUGAACAAAUAAAAGACUUGGAGAUGAAGAAUGCGGUCAGCGUCACUCAAGCUCAGUGGAGCAUUGAUGCCUACUGCCCCCCAAAAAAUAAUGUAAGACAGUGUAAAGCUUGUGAGACAGGCUGGGGUGUCUUCCAGUCCAGCUGUUACGCGUAUCAUGACGCUGAACCUUCUGACCAAAGAACCUGGGAAGAAGCUCGAGAAUACUGCAAAGGAAAGAUUUCAGAUUUGGUCACUGUAGCUGAUGAAAAAGAGAAGAAUCAUGUCAGUGGUUUAAGUGUGCCCAGUGAAGGACUCACUGAAUACUGGAUUGGCCUGAGAGCUGAAGGUGGGAAAUGGAAGUGGUUUGAUGGAACUAAUCUGGCUGACAGCUUGUGGAAACAAACUCCUGUUGAUGGUCACUGUGCAGUUUCUGAUCAAAAAGAAGGAUGGAAAUCAGUGAGCUGUGGUGAAAGGAAACGAUGGAUCUGUGAAAAAGCAGCUUUAUCUCUUUAAACACUGCAGUUAAUGCUCAGCAGUGAGACUUUUAGCAGAUUUGAUCAAGAUGGGCGUCUAAAAAUAUAUUGUAUGUUUAUUCAUUUUACUUUGUCUCAGCUUGUCACUUAAUGAUUAUUAAUCACUUUCAUGCAUUAAGUGCAGCAUGUUAAAUUGCCCCUGUGUGUGUGUGUGUGUGUGUGUGUGUUAUAUACAGUAAAUAAACUUGCCUUGCAACAAAUUCUCACAGCCCAACAUACUUCUCUUUCUUUUGUUGUAGUGAUCUAAUUUCCGAGAGGAACCUCAUGAUGAAAUAAUGAGUAAAGUUUGAAAUGACUAUUGUGAACGGGAACAGGUGCAUACAGGUGUUCUAAAACAAGAGGGAGUUAGUUAUUGCACUAGCUGCUUAUCAACACAGCAAACAGGAACUGCUAAUAGCUAAUUCACCGUAAUUAAAAGUAUUCUCACUAAACACAACAAAUCUAUGAUAAUGUUAUACAUCUAUUUA